GCUGAACACGCUAGAGCAGCAGGAGGCCUUGCUGUGCCAGGAGCUGGACGUCAUUGAUGCAAUCCCUGAUGACACCUGGGAGUCUUUGGAGGACCAGGAAGAGCAUCUAGCGCAGCAGAUGAAGAAGCUCUUGAAGGCUCCCAGUCUGGGAGAAGAGGUCCUGGAGAUGUCACGGAUGCAGAAGGUGCAAUGGCAGGAAGUUGUGGAUCAUGUGAGAUCCCAGCUGAUUGGCCUGGAGAGAUGUGAGAAGCUGCAAGCGUCGGCUUUUCAGUUGCGAGACGAAGUGAAGCUCGUGUCAGUGGCCCAGGAGUCCUUGGUCCAGCGACGAGACCUGCUGCUGGAGGAGAUCAGCCAAGAGAAGUCUCUCACCUGGUACGCAGAGGCAGAAGCGGAAGAGGAACUUUGCCAGGAGCGAGCCGGGGUGCAGGAGCUCCAGGCUGCAGUGUUGCGAGCUGAAGAGGACCUCAGCAAGGCUGAGGAGGCGGCCAGAAGUCGACGUGUUUCAAGCUGCGAAGAACCUCCUCGACCGCCUUCUCUCCGCGCUGACGGAGAGGCUCACUCCGUGCUGAGCUGGCGCUUGAGAAAGAGAGUUCCACCAGACUGGCGCCCCACGGAGGCUUGUGUCGAUUCACCAGCCGAUCAGAGCUCUAUCUUAAGCUGGCGCUUGAGAAGAAGGGUCCCACUGGAGACCGAGCGAAAGCCGCCCACCCUAGCAAAAGCCGCCCAAGCAGAGCAGAGCUCUGUGCUGACAUGGCGCUUGAGGAAAAGA